AUGUUUUCAAAUAAUAACUUCAACACACACUGCUCCGCUAGUUAUGGCUCAACCGCUGCAGUUUCUGGCUCGACUUCGGAGAGGUACAAUGCUGGAAAAGAGUUUUCAAAAGAUGCAGCCAACUUUGUUAGCAGUUUGUUCGAAUGCCCCGAAUCAAAGUCGAUAGUCAGUCUCGGCGAUUUCAUCCACUAUGCACUGUACAGGACAAGGUUACAUAUAUCGGUGGCGUUAUCAGCGUUGAUCCUAUUGCAGAGGUUGAAGGCGAGGUACCCCAACGCCAAAGGCAGUUCAGGACAUAGGCUAUGGUUAGCAGCUAUCAUGAUCACGAACAAAAUGUUCAACGACGAUUCAUUCACAAAUCAAAGCUGGUACAUAGCAUCUCAACAGAUAUUUUCACAGAGGGAGGUCAAUGCAGUGGAGAGAGAGUUGUUUGGAUAUCUCAGCUGCGACGUGCGUGUUACAACCCAAGAGAUAGUCAAGUUCACAAAGGUAUUCAAUAUCUGGAGGAAGAGAAGCGUGGAAGCUGAAGUAUUACCUUCUUCACCAAGUAUAUUAUCAAGCAAACUUAAUAGACUCAACUAUGGUAGCAGUAAUACACCUGCACUAUCACCAGCCACAUCCUCAACAAGCUCAACACCACUACAAACACCAAUCCAAUCGCCUCAUAGCAGCCAGAAUAAUCUAAUUAGCCAGGCGACAAAUAAUUUGCACGCUAAAAAGAGCAGCAAUGUAUUAUAA